UGCGUAUUCGAAACAACUGUACUGUCCUGUGCUAAACAUUUCUGCAGCACUCCACAACUGGAAUGAACUAGUUUUGGGCUCGUGGAUAUAUAUACAUAUAUAUUUUUUUACCUAGCCUAAUGUUUAGCUUGUCCUCUCGGCACAAACAAAAUUCUACCUUAGACUUUAGUAAAAGUUACUCGUGACAUUAAGCUUUUUCCAUAAUAGUGUUCGACACGUGACAACUUUCUUCCGCGUCUUCAAGAUUUCAUUGACUUCUCAGUGGCAUUCCGUUAACUGUUCGGAUGUGUUAAAUCGUUUCGCACGUACUUUUAACACGUGUGUUCAAGUGUUGUGUCGAUAGAACUUUAAAGAAUAGCGAGAUUUAGAAGACUGGAAGAUUUACAAAACACGGCGGAGGAAGAUCCUGUGACGCGGAAGUUCCAAAGGCCACCGGACAACUAUGAAGACACUUCCACCGAAGAACUUCCUUUACUUGCUUCUAAUCUUUGGACCCUUUUUAGGUGGAAUGUCGACCCCUGUUGUAGUGAAUGUUGGGGAUACUGCGAAUUUCACUUGUAAUGAGGCAUGUAAUGGAAAUCUCUUAUGGACAUUCCACACUCACAAUGAAAAUCUGGAAGUUUUAGAGUGUGUCAAAGAGACUUGCACCAAAAACGAAAACUUUAAGAACAGAAUGAUCCUCAAACCUGGAGCCCUGUCUCUAGCCCUGUAUCCUGUUCUGUACAAUGAUGAAGGCUUGUACACAGCUAAGUGUGAUUCAGUGAUUUUCUGCAGUUUCCACUUAAAAACUCUUGUACCCACUACUGUGAACAGCCCAGUCAGAAGCAACAUCACACUACCCUGCUACGCACGCACCGAGAAACAGAUUGCUGAUGACUCUGUGAACAUCCUGUGGAAAAAAGAUGACCAAAUAGUGUUACAAGUUCAAAAAGGCAUUACAACAUAUGGCUCAGGUUUUAGAGGCAGGGCAUUGGUUUCACUACCUCGUUAUAAAGACGGAGAUCUUUCCGUUGACAUCCUCAGGGUCACCACAUCAGAUAAGGGAUUGUAUCAGUGCUAUUACAGUGCUAAUGAUGAGCAUGGUUAUCCUGGUGGUGUCACUCUCAAUGUUACAGCUCAUCAAAAGUUCUGUGCAAAAAAGUUUGGUGAAAAUCUCACCCUGGACCUCUUCGGCCCAGAGGGUGUGAAUGUGACGUUCACCGGUCAUAAUGCAGCGGAGACCCUGGUUUGUAGUGUGACAGGAAAUAACACUAUGUGUUCAUCUGACUACAAUCACAGAGUAUCUGUCAUAAAUGAUUUCCUCGUGCUGCGUGAGUUAACAUCCUCUGAUACAGGCACAUUUACCGUGAGAGAUGAGAUGGGUGAAGUCAUUGGCGUCAACACUGUCACGGUGGAGGGUGUGACCCAGAGACAUCACUACAUAGCUAUGUCUGUGGCAAUUGGUUUCGUUCUCAUUUGCUUGAUCCUUUGCUGUCAUUGUCAUAGACAGUCACGAGCACAGCAGUAUCUCUGCAGUUACAAUGUAAUACAGUCUACUGUGGAUAUAAAUCCAGAACCACUGAGAGAGCCUGCAUUCAUUGGAUUGUCGCAACAAGAAACCAACCCAGAGACUGAUGUUUGUCCACGCACACCCGUGGAGGAGACUAUGCCUGAGCCUGAGAGGACCACUGAGAAACAAGACAAAACUGAGGAGUAUAUUGGAGAAACAAUAUAGGAAUACUUUAAAAGUAGUGUUUCCCUUCUGCUGUAUUAUAUGGGAUGGCAUUACAUUUAUUAGGUGUUCUUUAAAUAACUGCGCAACUGUGCCAAUGUACAAUAUGCAAAACUCAAAGAGAAGGCAAUUUUUACCUCAGGAAGGCCUAUGGUUGCAGACUAGUUAGCGAAAUCUAGGCAAAAUUUUAUGACAAAGAAACAUCCAUUUUCUGCUUUCAAAGGUGCAGUGAUGUAUGAAGCACAGCUCACAUAGAAGUCACUUUGAAACAAAGCCGUAAGGUAAAAUGUGACAACUUUUUCAACAAGCUGUUUUUCUAGGUCACUAAUACUUAUUUCAGGCUACUGAUAUGACUGAUUCAGUCUAGUAUAGAUUUCAAACAUUUUUAAAAAAGUGCUGUUUGUUUCUUUGUGUAAAAGUUUUUUUUCUUUUUUUUUAUGGGGAAGGUUACUCAGUGUACCUGUAGGAUCACUAGAAAUACAUAUAGGUUAAAACCAAAAAAAGCAUUUACAGUUGAUUCCAGUUAGCCAGACAGUGAAAUUAAUGUAAAAUAUUUGAAUUACAAAUCAUGUGUGGCCUUUUUCCUUAUGUUUACAUGGCUGACAGAUGUCUUAAGUUAUUAGGGUUAAGCUACCUGCCUCUUUUAGUGUGGUGCUUCUCAUUAAACGUUAUUACUCUGCACUUUCUCUUGCUACGCUAUAAUGCUUUGCACUUUUUAAUAUAUCUUUUCAUAUUUUGGAAGUAUCAUUUAAGACCUCAGAUACCUACCUCUCUUACAGUGAUGUUUCUAAUUAAGCAUUUUUUUGCACUUCCUCUUGAUGCACUAUGAUAUAUUGCACUUUUUUUAUUGCUCAUAAGCUUGUGAUACUUUACCUUUUUUAAAAUUGUUGUAGAUUAAUAAAGUGUUUUAUAAUGUAUCAAUGUAUUGCCAAUGCCUCAUUACAGUGUUUUAGCUAUGAUUGUGACCAUUGUGGCAUAAAGGGCUGACAUUUGUUGACUACAUGACAAUGCAAAUAAUCUAAGACCUAAGAAGCCCUAUUUUACGUAUGAAGCAUUACUCUGGACUACCUUUGGUACGCUUUGAUACACUGAACCUUUUCUACUGUUCAUAAAAUUGUUAAAC